UACAAUCGAUCGUUACUACUCAUUUCCUGUUGAUGGCCGAAUCGUGUUCCAACAUGAAUAUUUUGUUUUUCUAUUGAUAUUAACCGAAUAAAUUAAUCUUGUUCGUUAAAAAUAGACAAAUAAGAUACACAAAAGUUAAUCGGCUAAAAUAAAAUCAAAUUGUAUUACAUAUUCAUAUUUGAUUUUACAUUUAACUCAUUUUUUAAAAAUGGCCGGUGUCCUAUUUGAAGAUAUAUUCGAUGUCAAAGACAUUGAUCCCGACGGAAAGAAGUUUGACCGAGUGUCGCGACUCUUCUGUGAGAGUGAAUCCUUUAAGAUGGACUUGAUUCUAGAUGUGAACACACAGAUCUACCCCAUGGAUUUAGCUGACAAGUUUCGCAUGGUGAUAGCCACAACAUUGAACGAGGAUGGCACGCCCGCAGACAACGAGUACAAUCCGGUGGAGACAGGGCCGUCACGCGCUGACAGUUUUGAGUACGUCAUGUACGGCAAAGUGUACAGACUGGAUGGAGACGAGACCAGCUCCGACUCCUCCAGAUUAGCAGCCUAUGUGUCAUAUGGGGGUCUGCUGAUGAGGCUACAGGGAGAUGCCAACAACUUGCAUGGCUUUGAGGUGGAUUCCUUUGUGUACCUGCUCAUGAAGAAACUGGCCUUCUGAUUGGCUGACACCUUCAGGCAGCUGGGAUUUGAUUGGAUGAAAGGAUUUGAAUGGUUAUGUUUCCAUGAAUCUGAUUGGUUGUGCAUGGAGGGGUGUCUUAUGAGGCAUUUCAUUAGUUAAGAAUGGUUGUGAGAGAGGUGGAGCUACGAAUGUAUUGUGGUGUAUGAUAAAUUAUGUCAUGUUUACGUGAAGCAUGUGACAAACAUGUACAUGUUAAGAUUUAUUAACUGUCUAAAAGUUCAUUUUUGUUGGCAAGAUUUAAUGCGCAAAUUAUUUUUAUGUCCUUGACUUAAACAUUCUGGCAUGAGACUGUAUAACUUAAUGUUAUUGCGUUCAAAUAAAUAAAGUGUAUGUGAAUGAAUAAAACCAUCAACAUCGUAAAUUUCCAAUAUUUUAUUUUAUUUCUUGCGACUUCAAAGCGAACACUGAUUAUGUAUAAGUGCAAAGUGUGUUUGCUGUGAAAAAGAAAGUUCUUCUCAGGUAUUGUUUAAAAGGGACUUGUUCAUUUAAAUUGUUUGAUAUUUGUUCAACGGCUGUUUUUCCAUGUUAACCGUGCUGUCAGAAUGAUUUUUUUUCUUAACAUAUUUCCUUAUUUUGCCAAGUUUUUUUUAGAUCAUAUAAUGAAAACAGAUUCAGUGAUUAUCCCAUAAACGGAGCAAUUUUUCCACUUCUGUAUUGUUUUCACAAUUAAUUAAUUUUUAGUUAAACUUGUUCAUGUCAAUUAAAAUACUUUUUCUUAUGUUCUUGGAAGGACUGUUGUGAUACAGGUAUAUUAUGACGUUGUUGCAGGUAUCUUCCAAUGUGAACUUGUUUAUUUUGUCAUUGUUUUCAAGUGAAUUAUAGUCAACGGUAUUUUGUAUAGUACUAGGUGAAACCUUUUGGUCUCCUAUUCAUCAUUGCCUCUUACUGACUGAAGCGGUGAUUUGCAACUCUCAUCAGCGUUCAAAGCAUGAACAUUUGCAAUAAAUUUGUUUAUUUUCCCCUGGUACUAUACUCUAUGCCACUUAACAUUUUUGUGUGUGAGACGUUCGUAAGGGUUUAUUGUGUCCAAAUGAAUGGAUAUUGUAUCAUUAUUGACAAGCUUACUGCAGAGAAUGCCAUUUAAAGUUGGUUAGUUUGACAUCAUGUGAAACUGCUCCAAAAUGUGCAUGUUGUUAUCUUGCAGUCUGUAUUGUAUCAAUUUGAGGAGGAUGUAAAUCUAAAGCAUCCUGGAAAUAGGAGUAACAACUUGUUGAUUUAAAUAGAAUACUUCUUGAUAGUCAGUAUUUCUAUAAUAAGUGAUUGGUAAUUUUAUUUCACAAUUUUGGUAAAGUAUUACAUUUAUAAAAGAUUGCAUACUUGUUUAUAGCAAGCAUGCUGCAUACCAGAGAUGAGCUUUUGGUUAACCAGAUAUGAGCAUUUCGGCUUAUCAGAUAUGAGCUUUUUGGCUUAUCAGAUAUGAGCUUUUUGGGUUAUUUCAAUUAUAUUUUUAAUAAGCUGUGAAAACCUCCUCAAUUUGACAUUCUAUGUGCAUGAAUAUGCUUUCUUUGCUGAUUCAUAAAAUAGUUUGGACUUAACAUUGCUGUAUGAUAUAUUAUGUUUAUAUAAUUGCUCCAUCAAUUUUUCUCUUUUGUAAAAAGACAUUACACAUUAAAAAAUAAAUAUAUUGCCCUUGAAAGCUUCCGGGAAAAUCAUUCUAUCAUAAGCAUUUUAUUCUUUUGGUGCAAAUUGUUUUCACCUAACAUGCAUAAAGAUAAUCACUGCCAAUAACAUUACAUUCAGAAGCAUCCCUAAUGCAAAUGGGCAUGCUUUCUCAUUAGAUAUCAAUCUAAAAAUUCAUGUUGUAUUGAAAUACGAAAUAUGUCACCACGGUGACCGCUUGUUCAAUGUUAACAAUAAAUGAAUAUAUAUAUUAAUUUUACUUUUUAACAAAGCUGUAUUUUAAUUUUCAAUCAUAAGAAAAGUUAACAAUUCAUGUGUUUUGUAAAUAAGUUAGUAACCUAAACAAAUUGUUCCUGUUUCAGAACACAUUUUUCUUUAAACAAAUAUAAAGUUAUUUUUCAUCAAUUGCUUUAUUAAAAAAGAAAAUAGAUUCGGAUCGUCAGGUUUUGCUUGACAGGUUUGGCAAACUGAAUCUGGUGAGCUGUUAUUCAGAUAAUGCAUUUUGCGAACUGUCAAUUAUUGAUCAUAAACAUCAUUGCAAUUAUUUCUGUCGCACUUUUUGAAUUUGUGUUUGAAUCAUCUGAAUUGUCAGCUUUGUUUUUGAAUGUUUUUAUCAUUUGGUACUUGUAAAGUGUUAUCAUUUUUCAUUCAGGUCAUUUAGCAACAUCAUGGUUUCAUUUCCAUUUCAUUAAGUCACCAAGCAUCUCACUUAUUGAAAAUGUAACAUUGUUGUUUUUUAAACAGAAUAGGAACCUUUGUUCAUUUUCGUGUUACUUUUGGCCUUGUUCAUAAACUUGUACAGUUUGCAUUCUCAUUUUGUUGUAUGGGGCUUAACAGCUACCCACUUUUUAAAAAUAAAAAUGGAAGUUAA